UAGGUAUUUAUGUAAAACAAGUGAAUUUACUGUAUGUCCAUGGUCUUAUACUUCAGCGGGAGCCGGUGGUGCGUGUGUUCAGUGCCGUGACGGGGGAGACCCUCUCAGUCUUGGGCACUGUGUUUCUCCUGAGUACGUCUGUGGCCAGGCUCAUGACCCUGGUGUCCCAGCAGUGUGGGCUUCCCGUCAGCUCCUUCAGACUGAGCUCUCCCACCGGCCUGCAACUCUACGACUGCAACCGGCUGCACGACUACGCCAUUGACCUGGGGGCUACUCUACGGUUGGACACCUGGGAUGGGUGGGCGGAGUUCCUCAGAGGCUGCUUCCUGGGACACAGACUGACCGUCCAACGACACCUGUCUAGGGAGAGACCUGUGAUGAGGUUCCAGCUCCGGGUGGCACUCUACAUCGCUGCUUCUCUGGGCCACCUGGACCUGGCCGGCUGGCUGCUGGAGAGGGGGGUGCGUGUCAUUGAGCCGGUGGGGGUUCACCCUUACCGUGAGUGGUGCCACCAGACGGCCCACCCCGACGUCGCCAAGUGUCCCGCUGUCGCCUCCAUCGAGCGCGGCCAGCUCACCAUCCUCAAACUCUUUAUCGCCAGCAGCGUUCUGACCCUUGCCUGUCGGGAUCCCCAGGGUCGUGACCCCCUGAGGAUCGCCCUCCAGUAUGGCCACAGGGAGUGUGUGCGUCACCUGGCCACCAAGCUGUGCUCUGUGGUGGUCCUCCCAGGUAUGGCCCUGCCCAUGCGGACAUACCUCCAGAUAAAGGGCUGGGUGAGGCUGGGGCAGAGGAGGGCAGCAUCCAGGCACUGCAUGGGCCUCAACAGGGCUCCGUUCAGGACCAGGGUGGGCGACACGGUCCUGGUGGACGGCUUCACCCUCCCCAAGAUGUCCUCCAAGCCCAGGAGGAGUGAGGCCAAGGCGGGUAUCAGGGUGAUGUCCACAGCCUCUCGACGUUUGAUCCCCAUCAACUGCCCAUCUCAUGUAUCCUGCCCGCUCCGCGCCCUGGCAUCCCAGGAUAAACCUCUUCAACUACCGAAGCUCCACCCUGUGGCCACGAGGGAUGAAAGAGAGAAGAAGAGGGGAUGUGAGGAGGAUGAGAGUGGGGAUCAGAACAGCAACCAAUGGAGGAGCAGAGUCCCGCUCCCGCCCAUUUCCAGAGACACCAAUCUCAGACCUGUGUUUGCCUCGCCAAACUCCGCCCAGAUCCUCACCACCUCACUGGAGGCCUUUUCUCUCCACUGCGACCGCACACCCAGAGAAAACGCCAUAUACUGUUUGGCCUUGGCCAGUGCCUUCACACAGAGACCAUGGUUGCAGCAGCUGAAUGUAGCGCGGACUCUGUCCAGGAGGAGUGCUCAGCACAUUGGGUAGACACCAGGAUCCUGGUCAUUCGGCAGAUUAAACUGAAACAAGG